ACAACAGCUCAGCCGGCAGGCAGACGGAAGAGGCGGUGCUCGAUAGGGAAGUCCCUGAGCCAGCUUCGGUCACGUGAGAGGGGAUUCUGCGCAGAGCUGGCACUCAGGGGGCAUGGCACUCUGGCGAGCAUACCAGAGGGCCCUGGCAGCACAUCCGUGGAAAGUCCAGGUUCUGACAGCUGGAUCACUGAUGGGCAUAGGUGACAUGAUCUCACAGCAACUGGUGGAGAGGCGGGGUCUCCAGCAACACCAGGCAGGCCGGACUCUGACCAUGGUAUCCCUGGGCUGUGGCUUUGUGGGCCCUGUCGUCGGAGGCUGGUACAAGGCUUUGGACCACUUAAUCCCUGGCACCACGAAGGUGCAUGCACUGAAGAAGAUGUUGUUAGAUCAGGGGGGCUUUGCCCCAUGUUUCUUAGGCUGCUUUCUCCCACUGGUAGGGAUACUCAAUGGAAUGUCAGCCCAGGACAAUUGGGCCAAACUGAAGCGGGACUACCCUGAUGCCCUCAUCACCAACUACUAUGUAAGACUCUGGCCUGCUGUGCAAUUAGCCAACUUCUACCUGGUCCCCCUGCAUUACAGGUUGGCUGUCGUCCAGUGUGUUGCUGUUGUCUGGAACUCCUACCUAUCCUGGAAGGCACAUCAGUUCUAAGCGUGCCUUGUUCCAUGGUUUGUACUGAUGCACCGUGACCCUGGAAUGCAAACUCACCACAUCAGGACUGGAGAGGUGGCUCAGCUGUUAGAAGCAUGGACUAUCUGCUCUACAGAGGACCUAAGUUUGGUUCCAAGCACCCACAUCGGGUGGCUCACAACUCCCUAUGUCUCCAGCUCCAGGAGAUCCGAUGUCCUCGUCUGGCCUCUGAAGCACCUGCAGUAACAUGUAUAUGCCCAGGAGUGGACACGCAUUUGUAGUUAAGCACACAAUGAAACCUUUAAAAGGAAGGAGUGUGUCAGCUUCCAUGCUAUGGGGUUGCUGAUGAGAAUAGGGUGACCACUCUGAAGUGGCACAUUUCACUCUAACCACUAAGACAUUUAUAAUAUUGCUGUCACUCUGGCACUUAGCUGAUGGGGACACACUAUAAGAAAUGUGUCCUGGAAGCUGGGCAUGGUGAUACAUGCCUUUAAUCUCAGCACUCAGGAGGCAGAGGCAGGCAGAUUUCUGAGUU